CACCCUCCCUCCUUGCACCGUGCCUGGGUUCCAGCCAGGGCUGUCUGCUGCAUGCACCUUUAAUUUGCAGCCUUCAUACAAAUGUCCUUUUUCCUUUCCUGAUUGAUACUGCUACAGCAGAUCUCUGCCUUCACCCUCCUCCAUCUCCUCCCCAUGUGAGAAGGAAAGAACAAGGUGACAUUUGAGAGAGAAGGACUGAAGAAGGGUUGAAGGGGGCGCAAAGGGUUAUUUUUUUAUUUUAUUAUUUUUUAAUAAAAGGAAAAUAAAUCAGUAUUUUGAAGAUGGCGGAACAAGGGACAGCAAAGACGUCUCCAAAGAGCCCUAGAAUGGCCCCAGUUGCAGGAGCUAUUGCAGCAGCCAUGGAUAGCCUUUUCAAGACUGAUGAAAGACAAAGACUGGCUAAAGAAAGAAGGGAAGAAAGGGAGAAGUAUCUUGCUGCCAGAGAGCAACAGAUAAUAGAAAAGGAGAGAAGAGCGAAGCUACAGUAUGAAAGACAAAUAGAAGAGCGAUGGAAGAAGAUGGAGGAACAGAAACUGCGAGAGGAGCAGAAAAGAGCGGCAGUUGAAGAAAAGAGGAAAAACAAGAUCAGAGCGGAAGAAGAGAAAUUAGAGGCCAUGAUGAGACGGGCCCAGGAACGCAGUCAGCAACUGGAGCAGAAGCAGAAGAGAUGGUCCUGGGGAGGGGCCCUUGUAGCAGGUUCAGGCAGAGAUGGUGAAUCAGAAAAUUCCCCACCCCCUGUUCUAGGCUCCUCUGCCAACACCCUUUCUACAGACCUUGCGGCCCCUGCUGGAGCUGAGGAGUCCUCUGAUGCGUUUGACAAACUUUCAGCUUCUACAAUGAGUCUACAAAAGCCAAUGGACUCCCCAAUCAGUAAGAGGCUCUCCGCUUCAACAGCAACUAUUACACGCUCCCCUGACAGAGCCCAUCGCAUGUACCUUAGUCCCAUGGAAAAUUUCCUUGUCACACGACUGUUGAUGCCAACCCAUUCUUCCUUAGCCAGGAGUAGGAGUACAGCAAUGCUAAAUGAGGCAUGCUAUUCACCGUCAGUCUUCCAUGUCUGUCCUCGUGUAGCACCUGCUAGUCCUCUUAAAUCUCCUUACAAGUCUUCUCCUGUACGGAGUGCUGAGAGACGGAAGACAUUAAUGUCCCCUACGGCAGCAGAUGGCGCUAAGGUAGCAACAUCCCCAGAGCCAGUCCAGACUGAAAAAUUAAAGAAAGAAAAACGGGCUACAACCCCUAAUACGGCGUCUGCUGUGGGAUCACCUUUCAGAAGAUCUGAGUCCCCUGCCACUUUAUCCAAGAGAACAUCAUCUCCGGCAACAUCCAAAUCACAUUCAAAGUCAAACUCACAAUCUGCUGGCAAGACCAGCAAACUGUCCCCUGGCUCAUCAAAUUCCAGCCACGAGACACCCAAAAAAAGGGGAAAAAAAGAACUGUCUAGUCCAAAAUCUGAUGAAUCUAACCCAGAUCAAGGGGCAGAAUCAUCAAAACCUGAGAAAAUCUCUUCCCCAGGAGUGAAAGCAGAUACACCUGACAAAACAUCAAAAUCAGAAAAGGCAUCUCCUGGGGCAAAAGGUGACACAUCUGACUUUACAGGAAAAAUUACUGCUGGCACAACGGAUGCCGAGGAAGCUGCAAAGAUUCUUACUGAAAAAAGACGUCAAGCACGUCUGCAGAAGGAACAGGAGGAGCAAGAGAGACGCGAACGUGAAGAGGCUGAGAGACUAAAGAUGGAAGAAGACAAAAGGAAGGCUGAAGAGGAACGAGUGCGUUUAGCGGAGGAAGCACGGCAACAGGCGGAGAAAAAGAAAUUAGAGGAUGAAGAAAACAGAAGGAAGGCAGAGGAAGCAGCUAGUAUAAAAGCGGAAGAGGAGAGGUUGCUGAAAGAAAAGCAAGAAAAAGAAAUGCAAGCCUACUUAGAAAAACAGAAGGAAGAAGCUGAUGCUAAAGCCAGAGAAGCUGCUGAAGCUUUGAAGAUAGAAAGAGAGCAAAUCAUUCAGCAAAUUGAACAAGAAAGAUUGGAGAGGAAGAAGCGGAUUGAUGAAAUCAUGAAGAGAACAAGGAGAGGUGAUACUCCAGAAAGCAAGAAAGAAGAAUCUAAACCAGAAAUCCCACCAUCAUUAGAUCUAGGAACCUCCGAAAAUGCCGAUAUGAAAGUUUUAGUUAAUGGUCUAUCCGUCCAUCAAGGAAGCAAAGAGUCAGAACCCGCAGUUGACACAAAGCCUCAGGAACUGUUUUCGAAUGGUCUCAAGCCAAGUGGUGGUAUCAUCCAUCUAGAAGCACUGGAAGGAAAGUACAGUAGUUUGGAUGAUUCUACAGAUGAAGUGCAGUCAAUGGACGUGAGUCCUGUCUCUAAAGAAGAACUUAUAUCCAUCCCUGAAUUUUCACCAUUGAAUGAACUCAUUCCCAGCGUGUCACUGGACCAACAUGGGACAAACAAUUCAAGAGCCCUAGAAGAUCUUCUGGAUUUCACCGGCCAAGCUACAUACUCUAAGCUAUCCAGCGAAAGUAUCAACAUUGAUGACUGUAAUAGAAAUUUGAUUGACGGAUUUAACAGUCCUGGCCAAGAACCUAAACUUAAUACAAUCUGUUGACUUACACAACACUGAAUGUUACAGAGCAGGUCUAGUACAGUAACUCGGCAAAGGACGUGCUUUGAGCCAAUGAUGCGGCUGGCAGUGAGAUGAUCAGCUAGCAGAAGCUUCUUUCUACAGACCUAGAACAGUGGACCCCAGUAUCACAGCAAAAUAUGACAUGCAAAUGAUUAAGCUUAAUGUUGAGAUCGGCACUGGCAAAGACCAAAGCCUCCACUGCAUAGAAUUUUGUUUUUGUUUCAUAUAUCUGUAGACUAUUAGACUGUAAGUUCUCUUUUGGGUCCUGCCAUGACAUUGCACUUGAUCAAUUUACAGUGAGAUACAUUUUUUAGCUUUGUAAGCAAUUACAGAAGUAGUACUGGUUUGCACAGGAGAAAAGAGCACACUGUUGUAAGUAAUGAUCCCGAUACACUCAUUGAUGCCUACAUACCUUGUAGCUCUGCAUUAUGAUACUAUCAUAUCAUAACCUAAAAGAUAUACAAUUAAAGGACCACAAUAGGCACCCAGACCACUUCAGCACAAUGAAGUGGUCUGGGUGCCAGGUCCAUCUACUUUUAACCCUGCAGCUGAAAACAUAGCAGUUUCAGAAAAACUGCUAUGUUUACAUUGCAGGGUUAAUCCAGCCUCUAGUGGCUAUCUCCCUGACAGCCAUUAGAGGCGCUUCCGCGAUUCUCAGUGAUAAAAUCACAUUGAAUUCAUGCUGGAUGUCCUCACGUGUCCAGCGUGAGUUCAGAUCCCUAUAGGAAAGCAUUGAUAAUGCUUUUCUAUGGACGGCUUGAAUGUGCGUGGCGGCUCUGGCCGCUCAUGCGCAUUCGGCUCCACUCGGUAGCUGACGUCAGCAGGGGAGGAGAGGUCACCAGCGCUGGAUUAAGGUAAGUGGCUGCAGGGGUUUUAACCCCUUCAACCUCGCAGGAGGGAGGCCCCGAGUGAGGGGGGGAUCUAUUAACCCUAUAGUGCCAGGACAAUGGGUUUGUUUUCCUGGCACUAUAGUGUUCCUUUACCUUAUAUAAAUACCCCACCUUUAGUACUAUUGUGUUUGAGUAUGUUAGGUUCACAGUAAUCGUGAUUCACUGAUUAUUGAAAAAUUAAGAUUUUUUCUUUCUUUCCUACAUUGCUUUUGCAAAGUAAAGGUAGAAAUUUUAAUGAAAAAAAUUAUCUGAAAAAAAUUGUAAUAGAAAAUGGUAAGAACGUAGAAUUCCUGUACAGUUAGUUCAGUGGUUAUUAUCGAGUAAUUUAAGAAUGAAAUGCAGAGAGUACACCACAUGCUUAGUGGGAUCUAGUCCUCUUAUUCCUAAACCAACGGAAUCAGGGCAAUAGAAUUUGCUUCCAUACAACUUUUACAGUACGUUAUACCCUGCAGUACUCUGCCAGUAUCAUUAAGUUAGCAAGCUAUUAGCCAUAUCUUGAGCAAGCAUGAUAGCCAUUUCCGUGUUGUUUCCUUGGUGAAUACAACCAAGAAAGUCCCAUUAUAAGGUGAAAGAGCUUUUGCACCCCUCCAUAAUUAUGGAUUGCACUAUUUUGUAUUGUGUGGGGGGAUUGUGGCCAGUAGCAAAAGCAGGGCAAUUUACAAUAUGUAAUUCUGGUACAAAGUUCUAAAGACUAGAACCAGAAACUUGUCUUUCAUGGUGAUUCUAAUUUUUUUUAUUUUUGCCCUGAAGAUGUUCUGUUUCAAUCUUCCCCCCAAUCUCCAAUAUUCACCCAUAUCAUAUAGUGCCUGUAAAAGGUAAAGCCUGCGCAGGUUGCCCCUAAAUGAGUUGGUGGAGGGCAGUAACAGAAAAAAACGCCGUGCUUGUUUUACACUAGUAUUUUUGGUUUCCCUCAUGCGGUGUGACCCCUGAUAAUCUAACGAUGAAAUAAGCAAGUGACACUGAUUAGGAAUAUAAUUUGCAGAAUAAUAACUGUGGUAUAUACCCUACCAUAGUGUACUGUAAUAAAGUGUGGUACAAUAAUAAAAAAAAAACUGCUUAACAUGACUAUAAAAUGUUGUUAUAUUGCUGACAGUGGGAGUCCGACCUGCUCUCUUUGCAAGUCUUGAAUAGUUCCAUAAGCAUAAGGGGUUAUAUUAUUACUAAAGAUUGCUAAAUUUGAGAAUUGUAAAUUCAACACACUUUUUAUUUUAUUUGUAUUUCUUUUUUUACUAAUCCCUUCAAAUUAAACCCACUCAUUCAUUCAAACCUAGCAACUUAACAUAACUUAUAGCCGAUAGCAAUUGGUUAAAACGCUAGCGGAGGCCCAAAUUUAAAAAAAAAUCCCUUAACUAGUUCACUGCCAAGAAUAUUUGAAGAUGAUAUGGUUAUAAUGGCUUGAAUAGCAUUACAGGAAAAUUUAUUAUUUUUUCUUUUUUCUUAAGAAAAAUAAAUAUUUAGUAUUAUUGUACGUAUUGUGGUGUGAGUAACAAAGUGAUUUACAAGAGACUUGUUGUACAUAACUUUAGAAGACCAAUUCUUGGACAGAAAUACUUGGCGAUUGGCCAAUUAAAUCAACGCAUAGGAUGUAUUAUGAAUGUAUUCUGUAUAAUAUUUUAAGUGCCAUAUACUGUACAUUUACUAAAGUUCUUUCUGUAGGUGAAUUAUUUAAUUGUUUUCAAGCUGUACAUAUUUUUUUAUUUAACAAAGAGACUAAAAAAUGAAAUCAAAACUAAAAAAAAGCCAGAAUAUUCAAAUGGAAAGCAGUAUGGUAAUUAAUUUGAAAAUUACACAGACACACUGUAUUCACAACAGGCAUAAUUGUUACAGAUCUUAACCUCUGACCAUCAGCUUCAUUAAAUUUCCAGGGUAAUUAAGCAAUAAAGAUCAUGGAAUAAGCCUACACAUUAAUACUCAGUGCACAAAGUAAUAAUAAACUUUUUUUGUUUCUUUUUUUAAUUUAUUCUACAUGUUUGCUUUUUGUUUUAACAACAACAUGGAGUCAAGACAAUGUCAGCUUCUAUAUAUUUGUGAAAAUCUAUCUGAUACUGCAACAGCUCUUAGAACGUAAUUACAGCUGUAACUAUAGUGUAACUUUCUAAACAGCACCUGAUUUAGAAUGUAUACUGUAAAGGUGUAUAACAGUGAUGAGUAACGUUUGUCUGGAAACUGUUGUAGAUUGUUUCCUGGCUGGGAAAAAACAACAGUGACACACAUUAGAUGUCAGUGGAGUAUAACAUGUAAUAUGCACUAUUUUACUGAAGUUGGUGGUGGGUGCUCAGUAAGCUUUUGCAUGCUCCUGUGACCUCAGCAUAGUCACGCCACUGAAAUUACAACUGCAAAACUUGGUGUUCAUAUAACUGUGGUAUAGUGUACUUUAACAGAAGUCAAUUGAGAUGUGAUAUUUUAUUAUAACUUAUACAUUCAUAAAUGGCAUGACAUGUAUAGCAUGUAUAGAUCAAAGAGAAAUACACUUUUUUUUUGAACCAGAA